UUUUUAGAAGAUCGACUUGGCCACAAUGCAAAUCUUCAUAAACGCCUUGGACGGCGGAAUCCACCGUCUUGAAGUGGACCCAGAGACCACUGUUGCACAGAUUAAGGAAAGCCUUGGUGCUGAUGAGCACAUUCUCUCAUAUGGAAGUGCCAUCCUUGAAGAUAGCUUGAGUCUUUCAUGUCUCGACAUUGCUGAUGGAUCUUCUCUCGCUAUCAAUGCCCGACUUCUUGGAGGUAAGGUUCACGGAUCAUUGGCUCGUGCCGGAAAAGUACGCGCUCAGACUCCCAAGGUUGAGAAGCAGGAGAAGAAAAAGAAGAAGAAGGGACGAGCAGCGCGACGAAUUCAGUACACCAGGCGAUUCGUCAAUGUUGCCACUGGACCCGGAAAGAAGCGUGGACCUAACUCCAACGCUGCCUAAUCUGUUUAUU